CGCGUCGGGCACCAUCGGUGGGUACCAUCAGCCGUCGUCAGUUUAUCGCCGCCGUCGUGUUUGGGUACUUCUUCGUCGAUGAUGCCAAAUCGUUGACGAUCGGUGGUGCCGCCAGCUGUGGUACUGCACUCAUGCGAUAGUGGCACUGAUGCAAGUCAGUGGUACCAUGCCCCUGUGACGAUGUGAUCUGUUAUAAUUUCGUGUAGUGAUCUGUGGUUAUUGUUCCUUUGGUUCUGCCUGCCACAGAAAAAUACCCGAAACAUGUUUUGCCCCUCCUGCACUCGGAAUGGAAAAGGUCGAUUCAUCACAAAAAUACUCACGUUAGGCAUUCUUUGGGCUGCUAUUAUCGUCACACUCUUCCAAUUCCGGUCCAUAUCAAUCAUAGACGUUCCAGUUCCACAUCUAAAUAGCAGAUUUCUACUCCAAAAACGACUAGACCCUUUGACGAGGCAUGCGGAAAGCACGACGGAAAACACGGAUAUGGAGCCUUUCGUCGACAAGAGCCCUACACUAUCAGAGGACAACCUCAUAGAGGACAUCCAGAAGCGUAUGCCCAACCUUCCAAUAGUGUAUUGGAACAAGAAUAAGAACAAGCCAAUGGGUUUCAACAGCUCUUGCGCUAGAUUUCCCUCUAUGUUCGACCUAGAGUUUAAUAAUCUGUACUGGCAAACUCUGCGAACUUCAAACGGAACGUUUCAACUGUAUGGGGCAUAUUUGGACAAAAGGACCAACAACCGACUUGGGCCGACGGUCCGGAUAUUGGGGAUGAUUGACAGGAUAGAGCCGACCGUCGUCACGUACUGCCAGUUCUGGUUCGACGGGAAGAAGGAUCCUAUAAUCGGAAAGAGCUUCGAAUACAAAUACAUAUGGUACAAAAAGUGGGGUAACUACAAGCAAGGCAUCUACCAGCCAUAUCUCAUAGCCUGCGUGAUUCCCCAGAAAUACCGUGACCACAUCCCUCAAUCCAUAUCAUUGGUGGAGAAGCAAUGUGACAACGCCACCAACAACCUUAGAGUGAUCUAUGAGAGACCGAGAGAGAAAAAAGACUUCGCAGUUUGCGUGAAAGGCCUGGACUUCCUUCACGAAGACCUGUCCGUUCGACUUGUAGAAUGGAUUGAGUUGCUCAACUUGCUUGGGGCUGAUAAGGUGUUCUUCUACGAGCUACAGGUUCAUCCGAAUAUCAGCAAGGUGCUGAGGUACUAUGAACAGGAAGGAAAGGUUCAAGUGACCCCGAUAAACCUAGCCGGAGGUCAACCAAACGCACCAUCUUUCCAACACCUCUACCUGACGAAAAAAACGAACCACAAACGUCAGAAUGAGCUAAUCCCAUACAACGAUUGCUUCUACAAACACAUGUACGAGUACAAGUACAUCGCUCUUCUGGAUAUUGAUGAGGUCAUCAUGCCGUUGGAAGGAACAACCUGGAAGGAACUGAUGGAGACCAAGGUACUGCCGAAGGCGUUGAAGAUCAACAAGGAAGAGAGGGCUUCCUAUAAUGUCAGAAAUGUAUAUUUCUUGGAUGACCUGAUACAUAAUCAUGGCUGGUUCAAAGAAAUUCCUAGAUACAUGCACAUGCUCCAACACGUCUACCGCACGAAAAACUUCACGAAGCCUGGGCAAUAUGUGAAGUGCUUCCACAACACCGAGAAAGUCCUGACGCUGCAUAACCACUUUCCACUCAGCUGCCUGGGAAGCGGCUGCACGAGUUACCCAAUCGAAACGACUGACGCGCAACUGCACCAUUACAGAGCAGACUGCGUGAAGACACUAAAGAAAAGCUGUGAAGAGUUCCGGAAGACCAGUGUAAUGGACACGACUAUCUGGAAGUUUAAGGAGCCCUUGAUCUCCAGAGUGACCAACACGUUAAAGACCUUAGGGUACUUCCCUAAUCCUGAAACUAAUACGAAUACGAAUAACAUUAGAAAGCGAUGAUGAUGUACGGAUAGUGGCACGAUUUUUGAAUGAAUGCUUUGAAUUUGUUCAGAGAGUCUUGUGUGCGAAUGACAGGCUUGUUAAAGUCGGAUCGAUAGAAAUGGUCUCAUUUGAAAUUCGUUAGCAAUUUCGACAAAGAAUAUUAUCAGCAUGAUAACCUUGACAUAUUACCCAAAGAAAACCAAACUUUUUGAUAAUGGGGGCAUCCAGGGAGCGCUGCAGUCUUAAUGUGGUGCGAACAUGAGACGGCAAACAUUAACGACAUGCGUGGCAUCAACAGGCAUGCGUAUCGGGUGACGCCAGUGUCGUGCAAAAUGCAAGUCAGGACCGGUGCUGGCAAAUUUACUUUUUUUACCGUAGAUCUACCGUUUUGAGCUUUCGGCUACAGUUUUACCGUUUUUUAUGGUUUGUUAUCGCUCAAGUUUCGAUCAUGUACGAUCCUAAACGCCCAGGUCUACCGUUUGAUCAAUAAAAUGGAGCAUAUUGUUGUAUCUUCAGAUCCAACUGUUAUUUCUGGCAUCUACCCGUUUUUUAACGCGAUAUCUACUAUUUUUAGCAUUUUUCACCUGACAACGCUAGUCAACGCGCGUUACGUCAAUUCAACUUUGGUGUCUCUGUGGUUAAAAGUGUACGUUUCGCGACAAAUGUUUCAGAUAUAGACUGCUUCUAGUGGUAUAUCAAUAUAGUACUGACACAAUGUCCUGUGCAUUCCGAGUUGACAUUAACCUUUGAGGGAAUGGCACACGUUAUCGCUAUUUUCAAUAAUUUGAUUACUGAAUGAUAUUAAUGAUAAUAGUCUAAUCAUAUUAGACAAAAAUACCACUGGUUUGGGAAAUAAUUGUAAAAUCUGGUUUUAUUGCUAAAAGUUGUUCAAGGGGGUAUUCAAAACAUGGACGCAUAGAAAGGGUAGGUACACCAGUUUUUGUGGGGAUGAGAAAACGUGUUUUUUGGGAUUCAAUCGAAAGUGUUGGCAGGAACGGAAAAACUCUUCAUAUAAGAUUUUUAGGUAUUUAUGAGACCUACAAAAUGAGACCACACGUUAAAAGAUCUGACUAAUAGCAAAAAGUUAUGGUGGAAAACCGAGGCAAACUGCAGGUUUUGGCACCACAACAAAAUUGGAGUAUAUUGGUUAAGUAGUUUUUGAGAAUUUCUAAUUGUUUAUCUCAAAACACCUGUUUUCUGGCCAUCAACUAUUAGUUUAUUGAACAAUAUACAGGGUUAGUUCAAAGGGCAUUUUAUAGCUACAUCCGCUAGUUUACCUUGCCGAUAUGAAUCGCAAACCAUUCCGGAAGAAAAUGUUAUUUUUUUUCAAAAAAUGAUAGCUUACAUUUUUUUCUUCUAAACAAAUUCAAACAUUUCGUAUUUGUGAGUAAUUUUCAACAAAAGAUGAUAGAAACAUCCGCUUUGUUUUGAAAUGUGUAUAGUAACGUAUGUUUUUCCAAUAUCAUAGCGCAUGUGUUCAAUUACUCACAAAAUACGAAAUGUUUGAAUUUGUUUAGAAGAAAAAAAACGUAACCUUUGUUUUUCAAUUAGAAAUUCUCAAAAAAACACUUGACCAAUAUACUCCAAUUUAGUUGUUCUAAUUUAGAAGUAUGAAUCCUAUAGAUUUGAGGUACUCGCGUGAAACUAUCAUCGCAUUAUCAACAAGUGCCACAACCUGCAUUUCUUAUACCUUUCCAAAAAAAAAAAAAAACGUUAUUACUAAUUGAUUUUAUAUUGACUAUGUAUAUGAUAAAAAAUGAGUUUUCUUUGGGUGAUGAUUACAAAGUUAAUCUCCAAUCUGCAAUUUUAACAAUGUACCUGUAUGCCUAAUUCGAGUUUCUACAGCAAGCUAUCCCGGGGUCCUCAACUCCCUCUGGGCAGAUGUAUUGAGAAUCUCAAAUCACAAGAACCUACUGUACAGAAUCAUAACGGUUCUGUGAUGGUGUCUAGUAGAACCUGAAUGGCCUGAAGUGGAAGAAUUUGUUCUGUCCAUUUCAAGAUACAAGUCAUAUUAUUGUUACAUCUAUUGGUUCAUGAAUUUUUGUAACAAAUUAUUUUCAAAAAUGUCUUCAAGAUAGCCAGAAUCCAUCCAAUUCAUCUAUUCGAUGUUCAUUCUUCCUAAAUAUUAUUAUUCUAUUCACUACUGCUGUAGUUUUAGUAAAACGCAAAUAUUUUGUUUUGAAUACUUACAAAAAUGUGUUUUACUGUACUGAGAUUACAUAAGUUGGCAAGGUUCUAUAUAAAUCCAUAUAUUUACGAAGAAUAUUGACGACUUCUCAAUUAUAUUAAGAGAAGUGUAAUACUGUUAUGUAGCCAGUGAUUUAACAAUUAAUAAAUAUCACCCUUUUCUAUGCUGUGAUUCAAACGCAUUAACAACUAACAUCCUAAACAUUAGGUGGUUAAAAAGCUGAUUUUUUAUUUAUAUGGAUUUAGCGAAUAUAUGAAAAAUCUACUUGUAAUUUGGAGUUAUAAUCCAUAUAGAUAAAAAUCACAGCUAUUCCUUUUUGCUCAUAAAAUAGAAUACGUAAUCCGAUAACAUUGAAUUACUGAUCAUACAUUUUAUUGAUAAAAUAUAGAAUGUGAGCUCACCCGUCCUAUGAGUAACAGUUGGGCUUAGAAUCUGGAAAUUUUUAUAAGAUGUUAAUAUACUUGUGAAAUUGCAGGGCAUUGAAAAAUUAAACUUGUAGUUUAAAGCUUAACGUUUUAAGUUGUACAUUGCAAAAUAGAAAUAUAUAAUUGUCAGGGAAUUACGAUGCUGCUAGUGUGCGGUAUAUGACUAUAAAUGAACUUUGUGUUUAAAAGCUUUAUGGUCAUAUACUGAACGCCUUUCAAUUCGCCCUGUUAGGCAUUUGUAAUUUCAAAGAUAUGUGAAUCAAUGGAAGCAACGGCUGCUACCUUUCAGGUCGCCGUUUUCGUAGAAACAUGCUAAAAACCAUUUAUAAAAAAAUACAGCUUUCAAACACAACCAUUAUUGACAGGCUGUGUGAUCUCUCGCUCUAGUAUGUGAUAAGCACCAGUUUGCCGUUUCUGAAAAAUCCUAAGAUCAAAAAAAAUGAAAAAUGAACAGUGUUUACUGAGCUCUGACUUUUAACUCGGCUGGUACUGUGCUAACACCUUAUGAAAAAAAUAUUUUUGGUUAUUCUGUAUACCAACUCAUCACAAGUUGCUGUUCCACACUUUUUUAUGAUGAGAAUAUAUUGAUAUUCGGAUUUUUCAAUUAUAGUGCGCAAACAGGCCUUAGCCUUAUGAAAUGUGAUUAUGCAAAGUAGGUCGAAGAUGGGGUAAUUUUGUGUGAUAACAAAGAACAAUCUAGAGAUGAAUGAAACUCCUCGAUAUUUAUAGAGGACAAAAUAUGCGAUUUUAAAAAUAAAAUUAAACUUAAAUUGAACAAUGAAAAAGCAAUUUUAGUACUAGUUUUUCAGUAAGAGUCGACUGAUAAUUUCAUUUGAAACAUUCCUUUCAUAUUGAUUCAGAAAAAGUCAUUGUGUAUUUCCACGUUUCAGAAAGAAAUAUAUGUAUGACUAUCUUCUUAUAGGGUAUCUUUUAUUACAUUUUGUAUUACAUCAUAUACAUCACAAUAAUCAGUAUACGUAGAGUAACUUGGCUUAAGUUCAUCCAACAUACUGUAUAUAUGAAACAAACUGUGUCAUCUCUAGAUACCAUACGAUCGCGAUUUCCGUAUAUGGGAGGCUAAGGAAAUAUAAGAUACUAUAUUUUUUAUUUUAUCUCUAGGUUAUUAGUAUUUCCUGUUAAGGUACGAAUAUAUAUUCUUUCUUAGCUUCCCAUUCCGUCUUUUUGUAAAAAGUUGCUCAAAUGUAUCAUUUUGCCAUUUGUCUUUUAUAAAAUAGUAUAGUUGCAUCAUUAUUCUACUAAGUUUGCAUGCAGUUCUUAAGCAAAAUUUUUGCUCAAACCAAAUAUAUUAGUGACUAUUAGCAAAUAUAUUUACAGGGACAAAAAUUACGAAAAAUUGAACUUUGGUUGAUAUUUGUGUUUUUAAUUUUUUUAUGAUGACUCUGUAGAGCUAAAUCAAUGGUUCAUUUCAAUAUAAGGUUUUAUUGCCUAUGAUGGUGGUUGUUGUAUCCAAUUCUACUUAAUAAACUUAGAACUGUAAGGGUGGAUCACCCUUUAGUUGCGUAUACGUAUAUCAGUUUGUAAAGCAUUUUGGGUGUAUUUGAACCUUUUUUUAGCUCUACCAAAUAAUACAAACUUUUUCUUGUUAAUGUUUAUUUCUGAAUAUUUUUAUAACUCCUAACAAAAUAAUUUAUGGAGUGUUACGAAGGGCUUUUUGAACGUUAGGACCGAUUGUUCAAUGAAAGUCAUCAAGUUGGGCUGUCAUUUUCUUAAUGCUGCUAUUGAGCAAAUCUUCCGUGUUUGGUUCUCCAAACAUUUAUUACAUAAACAUGCGGGGGUAGUAGUUGAUAUACAUAGUUUGCUACACAUCCCUGGACAAGCAGCACCGAGCGUUGCAUUUAGAUUAUGAUGAGUGGUGGUAACAUACUGUAUGUUAAAUUACAGUCGGUCUUUUCGAGUAUCAACAGCUCUUUUACAAUCUUUAUAAAAGUAUGUUCAAAUAGUCCCUGACUGAUUGAAAGGCUGUUGGUAAAGCUCAGUGGAUGUAUUAAAAUAUUUUUGAUAAUCACUUUCCUAAUUGAAUCUAUGUAAUUUAAUCGCAUUGAAAAUAUUUUGAUACGUCUGUUUGUACAUAGGCAGACCUACAUUUCUGAAUGUUGUUCAGAAAGUGGGUUCAGCAAAUUGCAUAAAAAAUGUGCCUUUAUUUCGUAUUUAUAAUGUAGUAAGUACUAUUUUACUAUUUAUUGUAUACUUAUUUAUAAAUUUUAUAGGUAUUAAAGUGAUUUCAAUUAGCCAUU